CCUGAUAGUGUUUCUGUCCCAGGUCAGAUUCACUGGGCCAAGGACAUCAUUUUCCUUUUCAACGAACAUGACAUGAUUGGGAUGGAGGCUUGGCUCGAAGCUUACCACGAUGUCAAUGUGACAGAUAUUAACUCGUCCGUGAUGGAAGGCCGUGCCGGAUCGAUCCAGGCCGCCAUCACCAUUGAGAUCAGCAGUGACGUCGUGACCAGCUUCGAUAUCAGUGUCGAGGGGCUGAAUGGGCAGCUGCCGAACCUGGACCUGGUGAACCUCUUCACAUCAUUCUGCCAGAAGAAUGGGGUACUGUGUACCAUCCAGGGCAAGUUACCACGUCUGGAUGGAGAGACCCUGGAGGGUUAUAUUCACUCACUGCACACCAUGCUGCUGAUGGUGCUGAAACAGGGCUCUGGGAAAUCCCAGGGCGACCACGGCCUCUUCCUGCGAUACCACAUUGAGGCAGUCACCAUUCGCGGCAUUAACAGCUUCCGUCAGUACAAGUUCGACAUGGUCACUGUUGGCAAAGUGUUUGAAGGGAUGGUGAGGAAGCUGAACAACCUCCUGGAGAAGCUGCACCAAUCCUACUUCUUCUACCUGCUCCCAUCUCUCUCACGGUUUGUCUCCAUUGGAUAUUACAUGCCCGCCUUCGUCUUCCUGAUCCUCAUCCUGCUGCUCAGAAUAUCCUUUUCAAACCCAUGUUAUUAACCUUGCUGCUCCUUCCACCAGAAAGCAUACUGAAGUAGGCUAUCAUCCCAUCCAUCAUUCAAUGAGAUCUUGGCUAUCGGAGGGUCAGCAGUAAAGGAGAGCCGCACAGUCGGAGGGGUAGUGCUGAGGGGGUGU